AUGUGCACACAUACAGCCAUGGCCUCUGACGUGGGCAGCCUCAACAGCCUCGACCUGCUAGACCUCCUCUUCGACCGGCAGGAUGGGAUCCUCCGUGGCGUGGAGCUGGGGACACCGCCGGGUGCCUGGCACGAGGACAGGCGUGCCCAGGACAGCGAGGACUUCCUCAGCUCCAUCCUGGGUUCUGGAGACUCAGCAUCGGACUCGCCCAGCUGGUCCCCGGCUGCCAGCGACAGUGGGGUGUCUGAGGACCCCCCCUCUGACCAGCUUGACAGCCCCCCCAGGUGCUGUGAUGGGGGUCCCAGCGAGGUCCUGUACCCCUACGCCAACCCCUGUCAGGCUGUGCCCCUCCCGGAGGGGACUGGGGUCCUGCACCCCGAGGUCUCCAUCGACCUGGACAUGUGGCACCCCGGUUUCUUCCUGGAGGAAAGCCCGGACCUGCCCGUGGUCUCCCCGCCCGCAUCCUGCACCCUCACCGUUAAGGACCUGCUGCUCUCAGGCAGCGCUGAUGCU